AUGUAUAGGGCAUUCCAGCCUGACUUUGCUCUCUUCCCCGAGCCUAUCAACCCCCUUGAAUGGGUUCACGUCAUCGACAACCAUAUCAGGGAAUCUUUCCCUGGGGAAGUGCUGUUCCGUGGAGUCAAGCGACUGAGGGACCAGUUCGACGAUGGAGCUGAACUGAGAUCCACGCGACAAAAGUGUCUUCAAGAAAGCAGUCAAAGGCAAUUUAGGUCGCUACUGGAUAUGCGAAACGAAGCCUGUCCGAACACCGUGAAUAACCACUCUGGCGGAGUAGAGCAAUCACGCCAGAUAAGCGCCACUGAGGCCGGCGAGAACGGAGCCGCCCAAGAAGGCAAUAUGCAUACAUCCACAGGCAAUACUACACAAGGCGAGCCGCCCCAACAGAGUGGAGCAGCAGAAGAAGACAAUAUGCAUUCAUCCACAGACAACACUACACCACGCGAGCCAUCCCCAGGAAACGGUCAGACUGAAGAGGAUACUGAAGAUGACAGCGUGUAUUCAUCCACAGGCAACACUACACCAGGCGAGCUAUCCCCAGAAAUCGAAGGCAAUAGAGCAACCGAAGAUGAUAGUAUACAUACAUCCACAGACAACACUGCACCACGCGAGCCAUCCCCAGGAAACGGUCAGACUGAGGAGGAUACACCAACUGAAGAUGACAGCGUGUAUUCAUCCACAGGCAACACUGCACCACGCGAGCCAUCCCCAGGAAACGGUCAGACUGAGGAGGAUACUGAAGAUGACAGCGUGUAUUCAUCCACAGGCAACAAUACACCACUCGAGUUGUUCCCAGAAAUCCAUCCAAUAGACGGGCUUACUACUGCUGCUGGAGCAGACUUUGACCGCCUCUUUCAAGAGUUGGAUGCCGGCACCAGUGAUCAGGGGCCAGACUUCGGGCCACAGCCAAAUCUGGGCGGCAUGAUGUCAACUAUGACUGAUGCCGAAGCCUCGACCAGGUCAAGUGUAUCUAACACUGGUAACGUGGCCAGCUUUAGGGACCUCAUGGAUAUGCUGCAGGAUCAAUAUAACCCUGGAUUUCCCCAAUGGCCAGCCGCUCCAAUGAGAUCGGACCUUGGGCUGAAUAGAAACCAGACACUCUCAACUCAGUCUUCCUUGCACAUAGCCGAUUCUGAUAUGAUAGCAAACAGUCGGCCCAUAGAGAAUCUUGAUCAGGUCAUUGCUGACUUUCUGGUGACUGAGUCUAUCCCGAGACCAGAAGACCCGACCAGCAAUAUAAAUAUGACUGAGGAAGAAACCAACAAUAUGAACAACUGUAUAAGCUUACAAGACACCCUUGUACAGCAAUGGCCAGACAAAAACUAUAUUCUGUUUUACGGCACCUUAUUAACACGUACCAACGUGGAGCAGGUCCUAUAUGAGUUACAGAACUCACCAUCACUUUCAGUCUUUACAGUGGAUGUACUUGGUGACCGUCUUUCCUACCAUCAUCGUCCGCUGGAGCUACAUAUUGCCGAUGCUACUUGGUUUGACUGUCUGCAUCGUGGUAUACUUCGGCUAACACCAAUACCGCAGACUCUACUGCUGCCUACCCGUAUAAACAAUUACUGGUCAUUGAUUGAAAUCCAUGUCUACUCGGGGGCAGUGAUUCACUAUUUAUUUCUUGAGAACAGGUCAGAAGUACAAGACAGUAGUUACUUUCCUCAUCACCCUGCCUGUCAUUCCUGCCAAGCGGCAAUCAAAGCAUUGUCCCAUUACCUUGAAGAUAUUGGCCAGCCAUGCCCGGAAUGGCAGGUGGAAAGCACGCUACUCAGCUCUAUACCGGGCGACGACGGCAUAGGUCUUAUCUGGACAAUGACGCAGCGUGCCGAUGGCCAAGAUGUCCAAAACGGACCACCUGAGACUUUUCGGGCACAUCUCGCCCAUGAUAUUGUGAUGGAGGCGCUCCAGACAGCGACUGAUGCACCUUCGCCGCCGCCCCCCCAGCCGCCGCCGGGGUUAUCGCCAAAUUCAUCAUCAUCGUUGUCAUUAUCGUCCCCAGUACCAGCCAGCGGACAGCAGACCAACUCAUUGGAGAAGGCACAUUGCCGGUGGUCUAACGUCGUGAUUCGCAGUGGUGACCCUAUCAAUUUAACUGGUUUAUGGGACCGAGUAUCCCAGAUGUCCCUGGAUUCUAAUACAUCUAUCGGCCCCAGGCUGGCCGAUCGGCUAUUACAGCUAGCACUCACCAUUGCCUCUCCACCCAUUCUAGUGGAAGUGAAGCGCCAGCUAGAACAUCUACGCCGGGAACAAAGUAAUGCCACUCGGCGCUUUCAGCGCAGUGCUGCUGGAGUUUUCGCAGCUGGUAUCUGGCAUAAAAACAAUGAGCAAACCUCCCGUAUUGGUCUUGUAUUGACUUAUUGGUAUGUUCACAACUACCGCCAGGAGCAGGGGAACUCCAGUGAUCCAAUUGCCCAACUGGCCACCGAUAUAUAUAAUCACCUUCCAGAUACCGCCCGCGACUACAGCGAGGUCGAGGAGAAAGUAAGAGACUGGUGCAAACGCGCAUGGCCUUGGAAUCAACUAGUACGCAUUGCUGGCUCACCAAAUGUGCUCUGCUUUCUACCUCAAGGCAUAACCUACUUUCCCGGUGAAGAUGCACCGUCUAUGACCGAAUACCGGUGUAUCAAAAAGCACUGCUUCAAAGCUAUAGAGAUGAUACUUCGAGAGUGUCGGCCGCAGUUACUAAAGUUCAUCCCUCAGAACUUCUUUGAAAUCUUUCUCUAUAAUCAGCUUCCAGAGACUCAAUACGCAAUUGAGCAGUGGACAGAGGAGGAAAUUCUAGCAGAACCGCUAGACUCGGACAAAUUUGAUCACGCGUUCGAUCCAGUUUUAGAUACAAACAUAGACAACAAUUAA